CACCACUUUGCAUUCACAACGUUUUCCGUCAAUUAGGGUUUUAUACGGUCAUGUGUGUAUUUGUCAUGGUGUAAUUUGAUCGAUUAAUUGUGAUUGGAUAUUUGCUUGAAAUUGGUUGUCGAAUUUAAAGAAAACCUGGGAUAGGUCCCUCCUGGAAUUAUUUAAACAAUUCAUUCCUUAAAGUAAUUUUAAUAAUUAAAAUCUUCUACACUACAUUUAUUAAGAAUGAAUAACAAUUUAACUAAAAAGUCCCAAAAAUUACAAAUUAUGCAAUAUCUCCUCAUCAACCUGUAGCUAACACGUGAGGAACAAUUAUGCUGACUCUCGUCUAAAUUUUCAAUCCUCAGUCAGUAUAUCGAUGAGAAGGUCGUUGGACAAAUAGUCAGAUCCAAAUUUGGCUACCAGUACCAAUACUGCACCCAACUCCCACUUGGUACCAAUCACUUCAAACGGACGCGCUGUAAAUGUUCAUUUACGGUUAGGCGCUGACAUAAAUCUGUAUCCGGCCUAUUAAGAUUCAGAUCCACCGUUCUCCACGUGCCAUCCGGUAGGCCAAAUGCCUUAUAGAUGUCAGUCAACUGGUCUGGCAGCUCGAUGUCGGGAUGAUGUUGCAAACGAUUCACGAUGUAAUUAUGGCUUUGCGUGUUGUCUCGGUGUCUGUCCAGGAAUAUAGCACCGGCACAGUUACUGCUUAAUAGGCGUUUUUCGACGUUGCGGUUACCAAUACCACAUUUCGCUUGAAGGUGAAGACCCGUGGCCGUGUCUAGUUCUACGCAAUCUUACCCAGUGUAGAUGAUACACAGAACUGACCUUUCUAACGAUGUCCAUUAAUAUCAUUCAAACUAAAGUCGGCAGCAAACGAGAGAUAGAGAGGAAUAAAAAAAAAAUCAUGCUCUCCAAACGCGAAACCAAGGUAUCAUGGAAGAUGACCGGCGAUGUUCCCGCAUCGGCGAACAUCCACAUAAAUGGUUCGUUGAACCGAUGAAGCUAUCGGGGUGGGGUGGCGACAUAAUAUGUUUGAUAAAUCACACCGACCCACCUAUCGAGCGCAACGUUUCAAGGACGCGCAUCGUGUUCGAACUUUAUGGAGCCGGUUACUCAAUUUGCAUGAAACUGUAAAAUUCGAGCGAAUGCUGAUAUUUUUUUUUUUGCUUCGUUACCAAACUGUGUGGCAGAAAGCAAAAUAUCUCUACGCCCGCAUUUUUGGAACAUCUAAAAGCGCGAAUCUGAUAUCAAAGACCAUACGCGAAAGAUCAAACAUUUCUACUUGUAUCUAUGCGCGGUUCGUGAGAAAAGAGAACACACAUGCAUAUUUAGACUUGAGAAGAUGUAAAAAAAAACAUGCAUACGAUUGCACUUUUUUCGCUGUGUGUAUUUGUCGAAACUUGGCCAAAAACGAAAUGCUCACAUGAGCUAUAAAAGAGUCCUCGAGAGGAUUGGUUAUCAUCAGUCAGCUGUUUGCAAGUUUACAGUUCAAACGUUCUGCAGUGGAGCAAACAUUUUGGAACAAAUCUUCCUUCCCUGGGCGGAAAUAGUAACCCGUUGAGAAUCGUUUUUUUUUUGGUUCUAGCUCCCGCAAGAUGUAUUCCAAACUGAUUGUCCUUGCUGGUGCUGUGUUGUGUCUUGUUGCAGCUGCACCACCGAAAAAAACGGUCCGUGCAGCGUCCGGUGGACCGGACGGUGAUGCGACGGUGAUCCAGCAAGAUCAGAUCAUCAAUGAGGAUGGAUCGUACAACUAUGUGUUUGAAACGAGCAACGGUAUACGGGCGCAGGCCAGCAGCUCGGACGGUAUCCGUACGUCCGGGGACUUUUCCUACCCGGCACCGGACGGUACGAACAUUGCGCUUGCCUACGUGGCCGAUGAGUAUGGGUUCCAGCCGCAGGGUGCUCAUCUGCCGGUAGAGCCACCAGCACCGGACCACGUCAUCAAGCAGCUGGAGGACAUCCGUGCAAACCCACCGAACGAUCCGGACUUUGAUGCUGCCUUCCUUGAUUCGGAAAUUGCACGACUUCGGGCCACCCAGGGCUAAGGGACUCCUUUUUAGUUAGUUAGCAAAAUGUACUUCCCCUUAUCCAGCCAGUUGUAGUCAAAUUUGUUAUGGUUUAAUAAAGAAAGUGAAAUUUAAUUUAAAAAAAAAAUUCAAACGUGAAGAUUAAAAUUUGACAUUUCACUCUCGUCUCUCAAGGAUACUUUUAUAAUUAACUACGCCACUAGUUCAUCCCAUGACUAGAGCCCACACAAGGACUUUAAAAAUCUCAUCACGAAUUCCAGGUACUCCCAAAACCGGUCAUCCCCAUCACAGUAGCAUUAAUCAAACCUAACCACCGUACUACCUGUGAGGUGUGUGAAUGUGUCCCGUAUCCCGAAUGUCCGGCAUGUAGUUAUAGCAUGCAUACAGAGAAACAGCCUGACUGGCAGUCAGUUCUACACUCGUGCUGCAGCGAAAGGUAUGAAAUUGGAAAGCUAUCUUGAUCCCGACGCCAUCCUCUUUUGCCCGGAAAUCCGAAUCAUUCUCAUGUACCACUGUUCGGCACUGACCUAACUGACCCUUUGUGGUUCUGCUAAGAGGGGGAAGGUGGAGGAAGUUGCUGGCAGGUAUGGGGACGGAUUGCACAUGACAGUAUCCGCAUCGAGAAAAAGGGGAUAUUGAAACAGGAUAUUCACAUUACGCCAGGAUGUGUCCGGGAACGGCUACCGGCAGGGCAACAGUCACAGAUGAGCCACCAGGAUCGGUGACUGUGAUUGGACCUUUCGAUUGGUACGACAGUAACAGUCGAAAGGGGUGUUUAGGUACCGACAGUAGCAAAUUGGGGGUAACCGAGGGCCAGAUAAUCGAUUGUUGGAACGGAGAUUUUAGUCUAUUUUUGGAGGGAAGUUAACUUCUGUUUCAUGAUAGGAAAUGAUGUUUUGCUGUUUGGACUUGUUGGGGUGCCAAAUAUUCAAAUGGACGCUAUACACUGGAAAUUGAUCGAUAAAUGUUUAAUUAUUUUUGACGUCGAUCGUUUCGCAAUAAAUAUUUAUAAAAUGGUUAGAAACAAGAAGUUUAUCAUAUUUUUAGGAUUAUUAUUAGUUGUUGUUUUGUAAGAUGUGUGUUUAAUUAGGUCUAGUUUCCAAAAUUAAAUUCCGGGAUAUUUGUUUUGAAGAAGUCUUGUAAGCCAUAAUAAAGUUUUUAUAUAUUUUCUG